AAGUAAAUUCCAAGUCUCUUCUUGGGAGGAAAAUCCUAUACGCCCUUAAACAUGAGACGGAUAUCACAUGGUUUCAUGUGCCGCCCUUUACCUUUGUUAGUUUCUUUCCUUUUCUUUUCGUUUCCCUCGCCAGGCACCUCACUCAUUGCUCGGAGCUUCAAUUUCACGUUCAAAAGCCCUUUUGGGAAAUUCUUUGCUCUCUUCCCAAGUUUCUCCAUAUACACACGCGCACUCACAGAUCACCAUCAUCAGUCCUGGUGUUUUCGUUUUCGUUUUCGUUAUUCAAUUCCCAAAUAACCUAAAGAUUCUAAUAGCUGUCACUCUCUUCAGUUCUUGAUUGUUUCACGUUAGAGUGUAUUUGUAUAUGCCAUACAGCGAGUUCGUCGUUCAUGUACUAAAAUUUGGAGUCGAUCCAAGUGAGCCAAAACUAGGGUGCUAUGCUGAGAGUUCUUGUUUUAGUAGGUUGUUGAUUGAAUCUGGAUAUGGGUCAAUUUGAAUUAUUGAUGUGGUGUCUGACCCGAGUGAGCCAAAACUUGAUGGCUUUUUGAUUGAAUCUGAAAUAUUUGUCGGUGCGGAUACUUAAUUUGGUUGUGAAUUGUGGAAGAAGUCCGCGGAAGAUGCGGCGGCGGCCGGCCGAGUACCGGCGCCAAGUUCGAAGGAGGUUUUCGUAUUGGAUCUGGGCGCUUCUUGGGUUGUUCGCUGUUGCAGGCCUCGUUUUGUUUGUGGUUCAUCAUAAUCAGCGCGAAGAUCUGGUAGAAAAGCCGGCUUUGGAGAGAAAUGCAAGAAUUGAACAAGCUGCCCAUAAGGAUUGGAACUUUACUGAACAAAUAUUAAGUGCUACCUCGUUUCCUAGGCAAUUAGCUGAGCAAAUGACACUUGCCAAGGCUUAUGUCAUUAUUGCCAAAGAGCACAAUAACCUUCACCUUGCUUGGGAACUGAGCUCAAAAAUCAGAACCUGCCAGCUUUUGCUUUCCAAAGCUGCCAUGAGGGGGGAGCCCAUCACAUUAGAGGAAGCAGAGCCAAUAAUUAAAAGCCUAUCAUCUCUCAUUUUUAAGGCACAGGAUGCCCAUUAUGACAUUGCAACAACAAUAAUGACAAUGAAAUCUCAUAUCCAAGCCCUUGAAGAGCGUGCAAAUGCAGCAACCGUUCAAAGCACGGUGUUUGGGCAACUGGCAUCUGAAGCAAUACCCAAGAGUCUUCAUUGUGUAAAUGUUAAACUCAUAGCUGACUGGCACAAAAAGCAAUCUCUGCAAGAACUCGCAGAUGACAAGAGAAACUCUCCUCGACUUACAGACAACAAUCUAUACCAUUUCUGUAUCUUUUCAGAUAAUGUAGUGGCUACCUCUGUAGUUGUGAAUUCCACUAUCUCCAACGCUGAUCAUCCGAAGCAAUUGGUCUUCCAUAUUGUCACCAAUGGAGUCAACUAUGGAGCAAUGCAGGCUUGGUUCCUUAGCAACGACUUCAAGGGGUCUGCCAUAGAUGUGCAGAACGUUGAGGAUUUUUCUUGGUUAAAUGCGUCAUAUGCCCCCAUUGUGAAACAACUCCUUGAUGCAAAUUCAUGGGCCUACUAUUUUGGAGGAGCUGAACGUUUAAACAUUGAGCUGAAGCUGCGGAACCCAAAGUACCUUUCUUUGCUGAAUCACCUUCGGUUUUACAUUCCAGAGAUCUAUCCACAGCUAGAGAAGGUAGUUUUUCUCGAUGAUGAUGUCGUGGUCCAGAAGGAUCUGACGCCACUUUUUUCGUUGGAUUUGCAUGGAAAUGUGAAUGGAGCAGUGGAAACUUGUCUUGAAGCCUUUCAUCGUUAUUACAAGUAUCUCAACUUCUCAAACUCAAUCAUCAGCUCAAAUUUUGAUCCACAAACAUGUGGAUGGGCAUUUGGUAUGAAUGUCUUUGAUUUGAUUGCAUGGAGGAAAGCAAACGUGACUGCCCGGUAUCAUCACUGGCAGGAGCAGAACACUGACGGGACACUAUGGAAACUAGGCACCCUUCCCGCCGGCCUUCUAACUUUUUAUGGUCUCACCGAGCCACUUGAUCGGAGAUGGCAUGUGUUAGGGCUAGGAUAUGAUUUGAACAUCGACAACCGUUUGAUUGAGAGCGCAGCAGUAAUUCACUUCAAUGGAAACAUGAAACCAUGGCUAAAGUUGGCCAUUGGCAGGUAUAAGCCUCUAUGGGAACGGUACAUAAAUCAAAGCCACCCAUAUCUCCAAGAUUGUCUCAUAAGUUAAAAUUUGCUACUGAUUAUAUAUGCGAUCUUCCCCAUGAUGAAUUCUCGAUCUGUGAUAGCAUCAUUGUAGUCUCAGAAGCAGAAAAUUUUGACUUUAAUAGGAUGUUUUCCUUUUCUUAAUUUUUUUCCCCAUCAUAGUGUCUUAAAAGAGAAUCAUUUUUUACAGAUUAGAAAGUUUAUAUGUAUUAGGUAAACAGGUUUGGUGGAUUCUGCAAGCUGUAGAAUUAUUUGUUCUUAUAGUGAUUCUUGUAAUAAUCUUUCUUCUCCUUAGAUUAUGUUUUAACUGAACCAAAAUAAUAAAAUAAUUUAUUUCGUAUUC